UACUAUACUCACAGGCUUGGGGCCAGCGCCAUUCACACUUUCCUCUGCUCUGCAGCAGACGGACUGAGCUCCUCUCAUCCUUGAGUUCCUUCUCCCCCACCUCUCUAAAACUCUUUUCUGGGGGAGGAACAGCUAUAGCUUUGGGGAUAAUAUAGCUUUAAGGAAACUUUUGGCAGAUGCUGGUGUCCUAACAUCUGGGCAGUGUUAACAGAAUCCCGGAGGCCCGGACAGACCAGGAGCCACUCGUUCUAGGAAUGUAAAAAAGUAGAAGUUUUUCCAACUGAUGAGAGGAGCAGAGAGGAAGGAGAAAGAGCAAGAGAAGGAGAGAGGGAGAACACACAAAAAACGUACAACAGCCGUGACCUGGAUGCAGACACAAGUUCCCACUACCUUCCCGGCCCACAGCAGAGGGAUGGCUGACCCCGGUGAUCCUGCAUUUCUGCUUUCUCUCACUUUUGGAAGUUCGUUGAUGGCUGAUUUCUGAAAGUCAUCCUCCUUUGCCCUGGUGCUUCUGGCUACAUACCUCUAUUCUUGUCUCCCUAAGCCACCCUCCCACUCCCCCCUCUCCCCUUUCAAGGAUGGCCGUUCAACUAACUCGAAGAGGAGCACUCUCUCUGCUGCUCUUCCUCACUCCAGCAGUGAUGCCAACUUGGUAUGCAGGUUCAGGCUACUACCCAGAUGAAAGCUACAAUGAAGUAUACGCUGAAGAGGUCCCACAGGCCCCUGCCCUAGACUACCGAGCUUACUUUUCUUCUAUUGCUACAGUCCCCCGAUGGUGUUAUACAUUAAAUAUCCAGGAUGGAGAAGCCACAUGCUACUCACCGAGAGGAGGAAAUUAUCACAGCAGCCUGGGCACUCGCUGUGAGCUCUCCUGUGACCGGGGCUUUCGACUGAUUGGACGGAGGUCGGUGCAAUGCCUGCCAAGCCGCCGUUGGUCUGGAACUGCCUACUGCAGGCAGAUGAGAUGCCAUGCAUUGCCAUUCAUCACGAGUGGCACCUACACAUGCACCAAUGGGGUGCUUCUUGACUCUCGCUGUGACUACAGCUGUUCCAGUGGCUACCACCUAGAAGGUGACCGCAGCCGAAUCUGCAUGGAAGAUGGGCGAUGGAGUGGAGGCGAGCCCGUAUGUGUAGACAUAGAUCCCCCCAAGAUCCGCUGUCCCCACUCCCGUGAGAAGAUGGCAGAGCCAGAAAAACUGACUGCUCGAGUAUACUGGGACCCACCCCUGGUGAAAGAUUCUGCUGAUGGCACCAUCACCAGGGUGACACUUCGGGGCCCUGAGCCUGGCUCUCACUUUCCCGAAGGAGAGCACGUCAUUCGUUAUACUGCCUACGACCGAGCCUACAACCGGGCCAGCUGCAAGUUCAUUGUAAAAGUACAAGUGAGACGCUGCCCAACUCUGAAACCACCACAGCAUGGCUACCUCACCUGCACCUCAGCGGGGGACAACUAUGGUGCCACCUGUGAAUACCACUGUGAUGGAGGGUAUGAGCGCCAAGGGACCCCCUCCCGGGUGUGCCAGUCCAGCCGCCAGUGGUCAGGAUCACCACCUAUCUGUGCUCCUAUGAAGAUUAAUGUCAAUGUCAACUCGGCUGCUGGCCUUCUGGAUCAGUUCUAUGAGAAACGGCGACUCCUCAUCAUCUCGGCUCCUGAUCCCUCCAACCGAUAUUAUAAAAUGCAGAUCUCUAUGCUACAGCAAUCCAUCUGCGGACUGGAUCUGCGGCACGUGACCAUAAUUGAGCUGGUGGGGCAGCCACCUCAGGAAGUGGGGCGCAUCCGGGAUCAACAGCUGUCAGCCAGCAUCAUCGAGGAGCUCAGACAAUUUCAGCACCUCACUCGCUCCUACUUCAACAUGGUGUUGAUUGACAAGCAGGGAAUUGACCGGGAACGCUACAUGGAACCUGUCACUCCCGAGGAAAUCUUCACGUUCAUUGAUGACUAUCUACUGAGCAACCAGGAGCUGACCCAGCGCCAGAUGCAAAGGGACAUAUGCGAGUGAACUUGAGCCAGGAUAAGAAAAUUGAGGCAUAGAGAAAUAAAGUUGCCUCAUGUUUGCUGAAUGAUUGCAAAAAGGGAACUCCUCCACUUGUGUUCUGGAUCCCAUCCCCACGUCAACAAGACUCAUCAGGCAUCAUCAAUUUCAAUCCCCACCUCCCAUUUUUAAUAUCUCAUUUUCUACCGGUCCCAUCCUCUCAGUCUAAAUAUAGGCUAAUCUCACCUCUGAUUUUAAAAAAAUCCUUUUAAAAGUAAAUUUCCCUUCAACCUUAUCUCCUUUUCAAGCUGUCCUCCCUGGUUCUCCUUUCUUUCACCAUCUAUUAUACUGGAAAAAAAGAGUCCACACUCACAGCCUCUACUUCUUUGCCUCAUUCACUCAACCUAGUUUCUAGUGAAAUCUGGCUUCUGCUUCCACUGAUCCACUGAAAAUGUAAUCUAAUGCCGAUGAGCUGUGUCUUCUCAUUGGGCCCGACAUGCCAGUGGUAUUUCAAUACUGUUGACAACACGCGCUCCCUUCUUCAAGCUCUCUCCCGGCAUUGCUCUCCCCUGAUAAGCCUCCACCUCACACUGGCUUCUCUUCUCAUCUUCAUUCUUUAAAGUGUUCCCUCUGGUUCUAUCCUUGCCUCUCUUCUCUAGUUAUCCUGCACACCCUCCUUGGGGAUCUCACUGACUUCCCCAAAUCCUAUAGAUUAGACUUUGCUGCAGGUAACUUUUUAAGAACUUGGCUUCUCAUUGCCAAAGUGUCAAGUUCAACUCCUUACCAUUACAUUCAUGGCCCUUUUAAGCUAGGCUGAAGCCUCAUCAACAAUUCCAGCCCCACUUCCACAUCUAUAUACCAUAACUCCAGCCCCACUCACCUAAGAAGUUCACUGCCUCACACUCACAUACAACCACCCAUUUACCAUGCCUUUUUCAAAACUUUGCUCAUGCUAUCUCCUCUUCUGGUAAUGCUCUUCUCACCCCAUCCUCUUCCUUUUCUGCCUGGUGAAGUCUUAAGUCCACUAUCAUCAUUACUUCCUGUUUAAAACUCUCCCAAAUAUAACCAGACAGAAUUCAUCACACCCUUAUCUGUGUUCUUUUAGCAGAUGACUGUCUUUCUUUCUAAAAUAAACUGUGCAAGGGAGGGCAAAUAUCACGUCUUAUUCACCUACAUAUCCAUAGUCACUAGCACAAUGCCUGGUGUGUUGAUUUACUCUUCUUCAGCCUUCAACUUCCUGUCCCUUAUACUUAUCCACCACCCUUUCCAGCCACCCUCUCUCAGUCCUGAAGUUUCUGUUCUGUUCUGACCUCUUAGUAGCCUGUCAGAGCUGGACCAAGACCAAGUUAGUUUAAUGGCAUCAAAAACAAAACAAAACAACAACAUAAAAACA